CCCCCCCUUUUUUUUUUGUAUAAUAGAUGGCCACUCGAAGUCGAACCUUAUUAUUUUUACAGUAUAGAAAUUCAUAUGCCAGAACGCAAACAACAUCCCACUUCACUGCAGGUGCUUCAGAAAUGGAAGGACUCAUCGAGAACUCGGAUAGUGUCAUAGAAAUGUCCGUUUUACCUCCACAAUGGGUGGAUAUUGUAGAAGAAGUAGACGAAAGCCUUGGACAAAUCAAAGAUAAAAUUACUAGAUUGGAAACCAUGCAUCGUAAGCACUUAUUACCAGGAUUCGACGAUCGUUCUUCAGAUGAAGCUGCUAUUGAACGACUCACUUCAAAUAUCACGGAUGAAUUUUAUCGAAUCAAACGGGAUAUCCAACGUAUUCAAGCUGACAGUAAAGGUGCCUCAGAACAAGAUCAAUUACUAGCCAAAAAUAUACAGACAAGUCUUGCCACCAAAGUUCAAGAUGUAUCUAGCUCAUUCCGAAAACAGCAAUCCAACUAUUUACAAAAAAUGCAGGGACAAGAAUCAAGGAAAGCUAAUAUAUUAGGAUUAGAAUCAGAUCUUAGCAAUGAAGCUGCCGAAUUAUUACUAGAUGAAGAUGUUCAAGUGGGAUUUACGGAAUCACAGUUGGCUGUUUUGGAAUCAAACAAUGUGAUGAUCGAUCAACGGGAAAGAGAAGUCAAUCAAAUUGCAAAAUCUAUACACCAAUUAGCUGAAAUAUUUCGGGAUCUACAAACAUUAGUGAUUGAUCAAGGUACCAUGCUAGAUCGUAUUGAUUAUAAUAUUGAACAAACUACUGUACAAGUCAAAGAUGCUGUUGUUGAGCUUGAUAAGGGUUCCAAAUAUCAAAGCAAAACAAGGAAACGCAAACUCAUAUUAUUACUUAUACUUAUUAUACUAUUAUUAAUUGUAAUUUUAGUUGUCAAACCCAAAAAACACUAGUCCCUUUAGCCUUACCCAUUCCUCUCACUUCCACUUUAAUAAUACCUAGUCUAUCUACUUGUAUGAUGCCCUCUUCUAUUUUACAUGUAUUUAAGUAAAUAAAACAUAAUAAUAACAACAACAGCAACUGAAAUGG